AGCGCGCCCGCGCGCAGGAUGCCUCUCGUUGCGCCGGCGAGUUGCCCGUUUUUCUAUCAGCCGACGCGCGCGCGCGACGUCGCAGCACACGCUCCGCCCCGCUGCCCGCUGCAUACUACUACUACAAACCUGCACUACAAAACCUUGGAUCACUCGCUACCUCACGCCCCACCCUGACGCCUCCUGCCAUCCUCCUCCCCGUUUCAAGUUUUCAACGCCUCCUCCUAUUUCUUAACUCGCUCCAGCUGGUCGGAGCACAUCUGCGCAAGUGUGUUGCGCAGAGCGAGCCAUCGACCGAUCGGCAAUGGACGCGGCGGCGGGCCUGGCGGACGCGCCGGGGGCGGCGCCGCCGCCGUACGUCAGCCCGUCGGCGGCGUUCCCCAUCGCGAUCGUCAUCGCCGUCGGCUUCAUGGUCACCUCGCUCAUCCUCGUCAGCUACUACCUGCUCGUCGUCCGCUGCUGGCUCCGCGCCAGCGGCGCCAGCCUGCUCCCGCGCACGCGCCGCGACGAGCUCGUGGACCGCGUCUCGGCCGUCUUCUUCACCGACCACGACGCCGACCAGCUGCCCGGCGGGGUCGACCCGGACGUCGUCGCCGCGCUCCCCGUCGUCCGGUGCCGCCCGGCCGGGAACGGGAAGCCGCUCGAGUGCGCCGUCUGCCUCUCCGAGUUCGCGCCCGGGGAGCGGCUCAAGGUGCUGCCGGCAUGCUCCCACGCCUUCCACAUCGACUGCAUCGACACCUGGCUCCACCACAACGUCAGCUGCCCGCUCUGCCGGACCGAGGUCACCGCGGCCGCCGGCAAGGCCUGCUGCGACGACCACGACGCGCUCGCAGCCCGCGACAGGCGCAUCCACGCGGCCUCCUCGGGGAGUACGGCCCACGCGGGGGGCUCCUGCCGGUUUCCCAAGCAGGGCAUCGCCGUGCAGGAGCCCAUCAGGCGCUCCAUGUCCAUGGACUUCUUGCCGGGCGAUCGCGGACGGAAGCCGCCGAAGGAGGACCAUGCCGACGUGGCUGGCACCAGCAGCAGCGUGGCAGCCACCCCGGCCGGCGUCGGCGAGACGAGCGGGCGGUUGCGGCGGCUUAUGUCGUCGUUCGGGCUCGGCCGGAGCUCGCGGAGCACGGUGCUGCCCGUCAACCUCGACCCAUGAAUCCAUCAUGGCACACACGACCUCGAUCGGCCGCUUCGUACGUACGUGAUCGAUGCUUUUGUUGUUGAUUAAACUCCCCGUUGCCUGCGUGCCUAAUGUUAGAGGAGGGUGCAUGGAUGGAUUACUGUUUUGUGUUGAUGCAAGCAAUGUACAGCCCGUAGGAGACUGCUAGUCGUUUUUGGAUGAAUCCUGCCAUCAUUCCAUUGAUUUGUUCCUGCAAUCUAGCUCGAGUUAAUGUUCAUAUAUAUCUGUGUCCA